CUUCAGUGCCUCUUCGGAGUCCCCCCUGUAUGAUCUUGACACACUGCCCUUCAUCACGUUCCCUGAACGUACUGUAGAAAAUUAGAUUUUUGGAUUCACUUAAUGAGGUUCCACCUGUGGAUUGUAUGGGGGGACUAACAAGCUGGGCAGUGUUAACAUCAACCAGGUGGAACCACUGCAACAGGACAGGACAAGAUCAGCUGAAGCUUCCACAGCAAGUCACACUAUGACUAAUGAAACUGAAGAUUCUGGAGCAGAGCCUGUCACUAUGGGCAUCCAAAAUCAAGAAGUUGAGCACUUGACAUCUCCUGAGGUCAUAAACCACGGCUUCAUGAGGGUGUUAAAGCAUCCUGUGCAGUGGCUGAUCAUCAUUGUUCUUCUAAUCUCCUGGUCUGCAGCUGGACUUUUUAUGUUUGACUUUGUGAGUGAUGACCAGCUGACGAGUUUACAGCACAUAAGUUCAGAUCCCAUGACAGCAGUGAAUGAAGCUGUUGAAGGCUUUACAGACAAAAUGAGCCACUUAAAUUACAUUUUUAAUAAUGUACAUGAGUAUGUUCCUACUGUAAUCACUGAUCCAAUGGCUACUGUUAACCAGUGGGCAGAUGCCUCGACAUCGUUUCUAUUAGGAAUACAUGAAACUAAAGGAGUCACUUCUUUCCUUAAACCUGGUGCUGAUAUAUUAGAUGAAAUGAAUGAUUGGGGUAGGAGCCUGGCUGGAUAUUUAUUCCACAUGUUUGAAGAUCUGUUGGAUGCAGUCAUCCUCAAUCCUCUGGAAAUGGUUGCUGAAGCAGCUGCAAAAGCGGCUGCAAAUAUUUCAGACAUUGUCAAGGUCAUCUUGAGCUCUAUCACAGGAAUGUUCAAGGGCAUUGAAGUUUGGAUUCCUAAAACAAGCACAAGUCCCAUGGAAUUGGCCAGUGAUGUCCUUGAAGGAGCGCAAAACCUCAAAAACAACAUUGUCACACAGGUGUCCAACCUGUUCUCUUGGAAUGAAGGGGUUGUUUCUGACAUUAACUUUGAUCCAAUUAAAGUUGUCACAGACACUGUUGAGGAAUUCUCUGACAGAAGGGACAUGUUUUUAGCAUAUCUCUCUAAUAUCUUGAUGGAGGAUAAAGAUGAGAUGCCACAUGUGAUCAGGAGAAAAGGAGAAUUUCUGCCACCUCGGGAAAAAGUUCUGGACCAAGAAAGAAUUGCCAAGGAGAAAAAAGCUCGGGAGGAAGUCUACAAAGCCAUUCAAGAAAUGCGAGCUCAAAAGGCUGCAGAAGAAAAAGAGAAAAAAGUUGAGAAAGAGAAAGAAAAAGAAAAGAAGAAAGAAGAGAUGAUGAAAGAAAUGGUGAAACUAAUAGAAAAGCCUAAAGAGGGUAUAACCAAGAUUGUAGAAACUAAAGAGCAUGAAGAUUUGGAUAAGAGGGUAAAUGUUACAAUGAAAGCUGUAAAGGUCACCACAGAGAAAGCUGAACCACUCAUUAUAAAGAGAGAGGUCAAAGCUAAAGAAGAGAAAGCUAAACCAGCUCAUAUUAAGAAAGAAGUGAAAGGUGUUGAGGAGAUUUUAAAACCAGCACCUGAAAGGAAAGAACAUGAAGCUGCUCCAAAAGAAGAAGCCAAAACAGAACCUGCUCCAAAAGAGAAGGCAAAAACUGAACCUGCUCCAAAAGAGCAGACAAAACCAGAACAUGUUUUAAAAGACAAGGCUAAACCAGAACCUGUGCUAAAAGAGAAGACAAAGCCAGAAGUUGCUCCCAAAGAGAAGGCAAAACCUGAACCUACCCCAAGAAAGGAAAAGGUGAAAUUUGAGCAUUUUCCGAAAGAGAAAGUAAUACGAGAGCCUACUCCAAAACAGGAAGCCAAACCAAAACCUGCUCCAAAGGAGAAGGCCAAAACUGAAUCUGUCCCAAAAGAGAUAGUACGACGAGAACUUGCUCCAAAACAAAAGACAAAACCUGAAGUUGCUCCAAAAGAGAAGGCCAAAACUGAAGUAAAGCCUGAAACUAUUCUGAAAAAGAUAGCCAAACCUGAACUUUCUCCAAAAGAGAAGACAAAAUCUGAACCUCUUCUAAAAGAGAAGGCAAAACCUGAACCUAUUCCAAAAGAAACGGCUAAACUUGAACCUCAUCCAAAAGAAAAGGUAAAACCAGAACCUGCUUCAAAACAGAGAGUAACACCUGAAACUGCUACAAAAGAGAAGGUAAAACUUGAACCUUCUCUAAAACAGAAAGCAAAACCCAAAGUGGUUCUAAAACACAAGGUAAAGCCUGAAGCUGUUCCAAAAGAGAAGGCAAUACUUGAACCUGUACCAAAAGAGAACGUAAAGACUGAAGCUGUGCAAAAAGAAAAGGCCAAACCUGAACCUACUCCAAAAGAGAAGAUAAAACAAGAACGAGCUCCAAAAGAGAAGACCAAACCUGAACCUUCUCGAAAAGAGAAAGCAAAACCUGAACUGGUUCCAAAAGACAAAGUAAAGCCUGAAGCUGUUCAAAAAGGGAAGGCAAAACUUGAACCAACUCCACAAGACAAGGUAAAACUAGAACCUUCUCCAAAAGAGAAAGCAAAACCUGAACCUGUGCCAAAAGAGAAGGCAAAAAGUGAACAACUUCCAAAAGAGAAGGCCAAACCAGAAACUGCUCCAAAAGAGAAAGCAAAACAUGAAACUGGUCAAAAAGAAAAGGCAAAACCUGAACCUGCUCCAAAGGGGAAGGCAAAACCUGAACUUGCUCUAAAAGAGAAAGCAAAACCUGAACUGGUUCCAAAAGACAAGUUAAAGCCGGAAGCUGUUCCAAAAGAAAAGGCCAAACCUCAACCUGCACUAAAAGAAAAGGCCAAACUUGAACCUCUUCCAAAAGAGAAAGCCAAACCUGAACCUGCUCCAAAAGAGAAGGCCAAACCUGAACCUGUUCCAAAAGAGAAGGCCAAACCUGAACCUGCUCCAAAAGAGAAGGCCAAACCUGAACCUGUUCCAAAAGAGAAGGCCAAACAAAAACCUGCUCCAAAAGAGAAGGCCAAACAAGAACCUGCUCCAAAAGAGAAGGCCAAACCUGAACCUGCUCAAAAAGAGAAAGAAAAACCCAAACUGGUUUCAAAAGACAAGUUAAAGCCUGAAGCUGUGCAAAAAGAGAAGGCCAAACCUGAACUUACUCCAAAAGAGAAGGUCAAACAAAAACCUGCUCCAAAAGAGAAGGCCAAACCUGAAACUGCUCCAAAAGAGAAAGCAAAACUUGAACUGGUUGCAAAAGACCAGGUAAAGUCUGAAGCUGUUCCAAAAGAAAAGGCCAAACAUGAAUCUUCUCCAAAAGUGAAAACACCUGAACUGGCUCCAAAAGACAAGGUAAAGCCAGAAACUAUUCCAAAAGAGAAGGGUAAACCUAAACCUGCUCCAAAAGAGAAAGCAAAACCAGAACCUUCUCCAAAAGAAGAGGCACAACCUGAACCUGCUGCAGAAGAGAAGACAAAACCAAAACCUCCUCCAAAGGAAGUGGCAAAACCUGAACCUAUUUCAAAAGAAAAGGUAAAAUCAGAACCUGCUCAUAAAGAGAAGGCUAAAGCUGAAUCUACUCCAAAAGAAAGGGGAAAACCUGAACGAGUUCCAAAAGGGAAGGUAACACCAAAACCUGCUCCAAAGGAAGUGGCAAAACCUGAACCUAUUUCAGAAGAAAAGGUAAAAUCAGAAACUGCUCCAACAAUAAAGGCACAACCUACAGCUGCUCCAAAAGAGAAGGCCAAACUGGAAUCUUCUCCAAAAGAGAAAGUAAAAUCUGAACCUGUUCCAAAGGGGAAGGCAAAACCUGAACCUGUUCUAAAACAGAACGCAAAACCUGAACUGGUUACAAAAGACAAGUUGAAGCUUGAACCUGCUCCAAAAGAAAAGGCCAAACUUGAACCUCUUCCAAAAGAGAAGGCCAAACCUGAACCUGCUCCAAAAGAGAAGGCAAAACCUGAACUUGCCCCAAAAGAGAAAGCAAAAACAGAACUUACUCCAAAAGAGAAGGUAAAACCAGAACCUACUCCAAAAGAAAAGGCUAAACCCAUGUCUGCUCAAAAAGAGCAGGCAAAAGCCGAACCUGCUCCCAAAGAGAAGGCUAAACCUGAACCUGCACUAAAAGAAAAGGCUGAAGCUGCACUAAAAGAAAAGGCUAAACCCGAAUCUACUCCAAAAGAAAGGGGAAAACCUGAACGAGUUCCAAAAGAGAAGGCUAAACCCAAACUUGCUCCAAAAGAAAAGGCCAAAAUUGAACCUGCUUUAACAGAGAAGGCUAAAUCUGAACCUGCUCCAAAACAGAAGGCAAAACCUCAGCCUGUUCCUAAAAAGAAGGCUAAACCUGAACUAGCUCCAAAAGAGAAGGCAAAACCUGAACCUGUUCCAAAAGAGAAGGCUAAACCUGAACCUGCUCCAAAAGAGAAGGAAAAACCUCAAUCUGCUCCAAAAGAAAAGGCCAAACUUGAACAUGCUUUAACAGAGAAGGCUAAACCUGAACUAGCUCCAAAAGAGAAGGCAAAACCAGAACCUGCUCCAAAAGAAAAGGCAAAACCUGAACCUGCUCCAAAGGAGAAGGCAAAACCUGAGCCUGCUCCAAAGGAGAAGGCAAAACCUGAACCUGCUCCAAAGGAGAAGGCUAAACCUGAACCUGUUCCCAAAGAGAAGGCUAAACCUGAACCUGCUCCCAAAGAGAAGGCUCAACCUGCACCUGCUCCAGCAGAGAAGGCAAAACCAGAACCUGCUCCAAAAGAGAAGGCUAAACCUGUACCUGCUCCAAAAGAGAAGGCAAAACCUGAACCUGCUCCAAAAGAGAAGGCAAAACCUGAACCUGUUCCCAAAGAGAAGGCUAAACCUGAACUAGCUCCAAAAGAGAAGGCAAAACCUGCACCUGCUCCAAAAGAGAAGGCAAAACCAGAACCUGCUCCAAAAGAGAAGGCAAAACCUGAACCUGUUCCCAAAGAGAAGGCUAAACCUGAACUAGCUCCAAAAGAGAAGGCAAAACCUGAACCUGUUCCCAAAGAGAAGGCUAAACCUGAACUUGCUCCAAAAGAGAAGGCAAAACUUGAACGUACUCCACAAGAAAAAGCAAAGUCACUGCCUGCUCCAAAAGACAAGGCAAAACCUGAACCUGCUCCAAAAGAAAGGGCAAAACCUGAACCAGUUUCAAAAGAGAAGGCAAAACCUGAACCUACUCCAAAAGAGAAGACUAAAUUUGAACCUUCUCCAAAAGACAAGGUAAAACCAGAACCUGCUCCAAAAGAAAGGACAAAACCUCAACCAGUUCCAAAAGAGAAGGCAAAACCUGAACCUGCUCCAAAAGAGAAGGCUAAAUUUGAACCUUCUCCAAAAGACAAGGUAAAACCAGAACCUGCUCCAAAAGAAAGGGCAAAACCUCAACCAGUUGUAAAAGAGAAGGCAAAACCUGAACCUGCUCCAAAAGAGAAGGCUAAACCUGAACCUGCUCCAAAAGAAAGGAUAAAACCUCAACCAGUUCCAAAAGAGAAGGCAAAACCUGAAUCUGUUCCAAAAGAGAAGGCUGAACCCAUGCCUGAUCCAAAAGAGAUUGCAAAAUCUGCAGCAGCACUAAAACUAAAGGCAAAACCUGAACCAGCUCCAAAAGAAAUGGCAAAACCUGAACCUGUUACAGAAGAGAAGGCAAAGCCAAAACCUGUUCCAAAAGAGAAGACCAAACUCACACCUACUUCAGAAGAGAAGGUCAAAGCUGAAUCUGCUCUAAAACAGAAGGCAAAGACAGAAGUUGCUCCAACAGAGAAGACUAAACCUGAACCUACUCCAAAAAUGAAGGCAAUACCUGUACCUACUCCAGAACAGAAGGCCAAACCUGAAUCUGCUCCAGAAGAAAAGGCCAAAUCUGAGCCUGCUCCAAAAGAGAAGGUGAAACCAGUACUUAUUCCAAAAAUGAAGGCCAAGCCUGAACCUGCUCUAAAACACCAGGCAAAACCAGAAGUUGCUCCAAAAGGGAAGGCAGAACCAGAAGUUACUUCAAAAAUAAUGAUUAAACCCAAACCUGCUCCAAAAGAAAAAACCAAACCCGAACCUGUUCCAAAAGAAAAGCCUAAAGUUGAAACUGCUCCAAAAGUGAAGGCCAAACCCAAACCUACUCCAAAAGAGAUGUCAAAAACAGAAAUUGCUCCAAAAGAGAAGGCAAAACCUGAACCUACUCCAAAAAAGAAGGCAAAACCACAACCUGCUCUAAAAGAGAAAGUAAAACUCAAACCUGUUCCAAAAGUGAAGACAAAACCCAAACCUGCUUCAGAAGAGAAGGUACAACCAAAACCUGCUCCAAAAGAAAAGGCCAAACUCAUACCUGCUCCUGGGAAAGAGGCAAAAGUGGCCAAGGAGGAGUUCCUAGUGAAGAAAGAACCUGAAGUCACCAAAAAGGUUACACCAAUCACAGUGAAGAAAGAGCCAGAAGUCGCUAAAGAAACAAAUAUCCCUGUGGUGUAUCCCAGUGCCAAAGAUAUCACUAUGGAAGUGGAGCUCCUGAAAGCCAUCAACCAAAAACUGUCCAUUCUGGAUUUACUGAGGAAAGACAUCGGUGAAAUAAGAACUGAUCUGGAGGUCACUCAAAGCCAAAUCGAUCAAUUAAGGAUGGACAAUCAAACGAUCAAAGAGCCCAUGGAAUUUAAGAAGAAAGCAAAAUCUGCAGUAAUGAAAAAAAGAUCUGGACCAUUGAAAGAGAAGCUUAAGAUAUCUACUGUGGUCAAGGGACGUGAGGCUAUGAAAAACAUCACUAAAGCAGCCACUGUGAAGAAAGAGCGGGGGAUAAAGAACAUCACUAAAACAACGUUUGGAAAGAAAGAAAAACAAGCUCCAAAAGAAAAGGUCAAGAUUGAACAUAAAAAGAAAGAUGAGCUUGAUUUGACCAAGGGUCCUGAGCCAGCAGAAGAGGAAGAAGUCCCCUACUUCCAGUGUUUCUAUGUGGAUGAAUAUGAUAUCCAGUAUCCCUUCUUCCCCUUUUCACCACCUUUCUUAUGAGGGUUACCUGCAAUAGGUUGUGUGAAAUGUUGACAUCUAGGAUACAUAUAAUCAACCUUCAAACUGUGUUUUACUGAAGCAAGGUUGGUCCUCAAUGUUGAAAUCGAGAAGGUUGAAGACAUUUACUUUUAAUGAGCUCGAUGAACUUUCACAAAUGGGGCAAUACAGGCAAUUCCAUUUACUGUCUAACUGUGUGUCUUGUUCUAGAUAUGUUCACGUUGGUGUAAAUUUAGUUUUCAAACAGCUUUGUACUUCCUGUUUUGUGGUAUUACACUGAAUGUAAGUUUUUAAAGGAAUGCCAGAAUUGUGUGUCCACGAAAGCUCUGACAGACGACGACAGAAAAAGCACUUGUCUGAUCGCAGAAAACUUUGCACUGUUUAAAGACAAGGUUUUAAUACCUGAACAUCCAUUGGUACUCUUGCCUUAUUUUGAUAUAGUGCUGAUUCAAAGCAUUCUGCUAUGUUCAAUCAAAAUGAUGGAUGAAAUAGAAUUCCUCAGAAAGAUUGAAUUACAGUAAUUAAUGUUAAAGCAACCACUGAAGGUACUGUCGGUAUACCUUUAGGAUGGAUUUGUGGACUGUGAAGUUUGCUGCACAACUCUAUGUAUUUCAGUACAGUACAUAUCCACUGAACUGUUUGAAAAGUUACAACAGUGUCAGCAAUUGUACAGGAUUUGGUGUGUUUAAUUUCUAUAAAUACUGACCUUCCCAACCUAAUCUUUGUAGUUGGAUUUUAUAUUAUUUAAGUAACCAAAGCUACAAGCACUAACCCCAUCAUCCCUCACCCUAUUUGUAGCUAGUCACAACUGUACAACUGCAGAAAUUUUUGCAGAUAUGCAAAUAUGGGACCUUGAUGUUGGAUUAUUCCUCCAUCAUUUAAAGAAAGAUAAUGAAUUUAUAAGGUAAUUAUAGUGCCCUCAUUAUUACCUCUGCCAAUUUUGUUGGAGGAGAUUAUGUUUUCAACUACAUUUGUUUGCUCCCAACAUAGCUCAAAAAAUAGUGAACAGAUUUUUAUGAAAUUUUGAGGAACGGUGGGCCAUGGGCCAAAGAACACUUUUUUUUUUUAGAUUUUGAUGCAAAUCCGGAUAUGGAUGUGGAUCCAGGAUCCAGAUAUGUUUGUGGAUCCACGAUUUUUUAAAUUAUUAUUUUUUUACUUUUCCCAAUGUAACUCAAAAAGUAGUGAACAGAUAUUGAUAAAAUUUUGAGGACAAGUGAGCCAUUGUCCAAGGAACAAUUAAAUUUUGAUGCAAAUCCAGAUAUGCAUGUGGAUUCAGAUAUGUAUGUGGAUCCAGGAUUUUUUUUUGGCUGUGCCUAAUGUACUGUUUGUAAUUAAUUUUAAUAUUAUGGAACAACCAUGAAACAAUCCUAGUUCCUGUUAAUACUUAGAUUAUAGCAACUAUAAGCUUCUGUUCCCUUUUUCUCUAAUGAAGAUGCUACUUUACAUGUUACUGAUAAACAUGUAAACCCUGAGGACUUUCCUGUGGUGGAAAAUGUUUACCUCUAAUUAGUUACUAUAAGAAUAAUGCAUUAUAAUAAGUGUGUUGAUAUAAACUUGGCUUGCAGCCAGAAUUAUAGUCAGAACUGCUGUUAUAGAAAAUUAAUCAACACCUUCUGACCAAUCAGAAUUGAGAGUUCAACAGCACUGUGGUGUAAAGCACAAUAUCAACUCCAGCCAUUAUGCUGGGUUUUGUGGUUUGAUACAAAGCACUGGCUUAUCCUGUCUGGUACAAUGAAUAGAUCUGUAAAGCUUUGCUAAUUCACUAUUUCCAAGAAUAUCUACAAUCCUAUUAUCUGUAGGCAACAUGCCCAUAUACCAAGUUUAAUACAUACAGGUACAAGCUUGGUUACAAGCAUCAUAUUGCACAAAAGAACACCCUACAGCAGUUUGACCAACCAAAGACAAUCAUUACUGACGCAACUGCAUUUACAGUUUUGAGCAUUUUGGGCCAGUAUUUCCUUGUAUCCUUGUGUUGAUGAAUAUUUGUGCUGAUAACCAAUAUUUUAUACAUAACUUGAUCCAAACUGACCAGAAACUAAAGAAGACCUCUGUGUUCAGUCUGGAAUGAGUCAAUGUAACAUAAGCAUAGACUAAUUUCUAAAUGUCAUGCCAUUUCUUGAGAAAUAUUCCUUUAACUUCACACAUGUUUAAAUUUUAUUAACAUCUGACCAUAAGCACAGACUGAUUGUAACACAUCGUUAUGACUCACAGGCUUUACUCGUGAGAGUUACGUAGGUCAUACAUAGAAGAUCCAAUGAUUUUGCAGAAUAUGAUGUUGGAUACAUGUCUGGUACACUGAGUUAAGGGAAAUGUGUUUAUAAUGACCGAUUAUGAUCUCAGAUUAUUAUAAAAUUACUAAUAAAUGGCUAAUCAUAAAUUCUUCCUUUUGAGGGAAACAAUGACA